AUGAUGCAAAGAACAUAUUCAAUGAGGAAAUCGAGGGCACCAACAGCCUCAGAACUGGCCAACCCUCCUCCUCCACCUUCGAAGUCUAAGAAGAGCUUUUUCGGUUCCGGAUCGAUCAGCUCGAUCAUCCGCAGGCAGGCAGCCGGCUCGUUCGGUCCGGAAAUGUCGAGGAAGCUCGCACAGUUGAUAAAAAUCGAAAAAAGCUUGGAGAAAAGCAUGGAAGUUGUGGCCAAUGAGAGAAGACUGGUUGCCAAGCAGCUCUCUCUCUGGGGAGAAGACAACGAUGAUGACGUUUCGGACGUCACCGACAAGUUGGGCGUGCUCCUGUACGAAUUGGGCGAGUUGGAGGACCAAUUCAUCGACAAGUACGAUCUUUACAGGAUUACUUUGAAGUCCAUCCGGGAUAUCGAGUCUUCUGUGCAGCCCUCGAGGAACAGAAAGCAGAAGAUCACCGAUGAGAUUGCCCACCUCAAGUACAAGGACCCUCAAUCGCCUAAAAUCCCCGUCUUGGAGCAGGAAUUGGUCCGUGCAGAGGCAGAAUCGCUUGUUGCCGAGGCCCAGUUGUCCAACAUCACCAGAGAAAAGUUGAAGGCCGCCUAUUUGUACCAGUGCGACUCCUUGCGUGAGUUUGCCGAGAAGGAAGCUUUGAUUGCCGGAUACGGAAAGGCCCUCUUGGAGCUUCUAGACGAUGCUCCUGUUACACCCGGUGAAACUAGGGCUGCCUACGAUGGUUACGAAGCCUCAAAGCAGAUCAUCAUGGAUUGUGAAAAUGCCCUUGCAACGUGGACUUUGGACAAUUCUUACGUUAAGCAGCCUACUCUAUCCUUGAGCCAUGAUGAGGUGUAUGCUGCUGCAGAACAGGAUGGUGAUGAAGCUGCUGCUGCUCCAGUAGAUGGUGAAAAUGCAGAUGCUGCUCCUGAACCUGAGGAUGCUGCUCCUGAAACUGAGGAUGCUGCAGUUGACGCGUCAAAAACUGAAGCCUGA